CCUGCGGACUGAUCCACGUGUACGGUGCGGCUAGCGAACUGGACGAACCGCACCGAAAUAACCGUUUAAUUAUUUCUCAAUUAGUCCCGUUCAUACUGGUGGGUAAAGAUUGAAACUGAAAAUACGAAGCAACAACUUUUGAAUUUCACCCGCUGAAAAUUUCUGAUUCCGAUGGCCGAGAUUGAACUUAAAACCGCACCAGCUGAUUUUCGAUUCCCCACUACCAAUCAAACCCGGCAUUGUUUCACCCGUUACAUUGAGUUCCAUAGUGUGGAGAGCUCGCAUUGGAUGAGCAAUGAGACGAGAAUAGCCUCUGUGAUUCUUAUAUUUCUUCGUGCGUUGCUGCUAAGGGUGAAGAAUAUAGUGACUGUGAUAAGUUUGCCAAGUACUAUCGUUCCCUUUGCCCUGGAGAAUGGGUCGAGAAGUGGAACGAACAGAGGGAGAAUGGGACAUUUCCUGGGCCUCUAUAGUGUUCUUGGACAUCAAUGCUUGGAUUUGCUAUUUCACCAUUUGUCUGAAGCUAGUCACUAGUGUUUGAUUUAUAAAAUCACUAUAGCAAACUGAGCCUCUUCUUAUUUAUCUCGAACGAAGAAAAUAGCCUCAUGCUCCUUCCUUGCAAUUAACUCUCUCUCAGUCUCAUCUAUGUCUGUUUCUUCCUUUGAUUCUAAUGAUAAAUAAAGCCGCAUUUGGUUGUCACAA